CGUCACAAUGCAAUGGGGGACAAUCCAUUAAUUACACACAAACCUGUUCAUUUUCAUGUGAUACGGGAUAUAAUCUGGUUGGAUCUUCAUCAGUAUCAUGUCUCGCUAACUCGUCUCUUUCUCAAAGCUUACCAACGUGUGAAAUUGAGACGUGUGGCGUACCACAGUUACUACCACCUCUUUCAACAUCAUGUCCCAUGGGACAACAAGUUGCAUACAAUUCAUCAUGUGAAUUUUCAUGCGAAAAUGGAUAUACUCUACAAGGGAUGUCACCGUUGAGUUGCUUGGCCAGCGGAAACUUUUCCGAUGAUAUUCCAACCUGUAACAUCGUAUCCUGUUCCCUUCCGGAGGUAUUCUCAGAAGAAUUGUCAUCAUCUGUCAACUGUGAUGCCGGAAACACCAUAGUCUUUAAUACAACUUGCAGUUUUGAAUGUUCCAUAGGAUAUUCUCUAAUCGGUGUGGAGAAUAUCACUUGCCAAACUGAUGGUCUUCUCUCAGCGGCAGUGCCUUACUGUAAUGUUGUGACGUGCAGCAUCCCAAUGUUCCCAGCAAAUCUGACUACAGCAAGCACACAGUGUGGUGAAGAAAUGAUGAUCGACUAUAACACACUGUGCAUGUAUGAAUGUCAGCCGGGCUAUGACCUCAUCGGGAACACCUCCAUCGGUUGCCAGGCUAACGGUGACCUUUCCGCUGAUCUGCCCACUUGCCAAGUCAUUGAUAUAUGCCAACGAUUCUCCCCCUGCCCUACGGUAUCGACGUGCAAUGGCGGCAUCAACACCUUCUCUUGUUCGUGCAAUGCUGGAUACACCACGGAUAUCACCAUAACGAGUGACACAACCACAUAUACAUGCGGGAACAUCUUCGAAUGUAGCGUGUCACCUCCCGUGUGUGACAGCAACGCUCGAUGUGACGAUUUAAGUGGCAGCUUCCUGUGUACGUGUAUGGAGGGGUUCUCCGGCAAUGGCACAUUCUGUGAAGCUUUAGAACCUUGUACCCUGUCACCUUGCCAAAAUGGAGGAACAUGUACCAAUACUGAUGACGGAUCAUCGUAUGUAUGCACCUGUCCACAAUCGUUUACUGACGUUAAUUGUAACACUGUGAUUGUAGAACAAGAGCCCCUUGCGGUUGUCACCAACCCCGUGUCUCAGAUGGUUGAUUUUGAGGAUCGGGUCACCUUCUCGUGUUCUUUCCAGAACGCUCAGAGCUUCAGGUGGUUCAAGGAUAGUGCCCCUAUCCCCAACAGUGAUAACCAAUCUCCAUUAGUGAUUAACCCAGCUCUUGCCGAAGAUCAGGGAUAUUAUUACUGCUCUGCUCUUGGUGAAGAUGGCACCACUGCUACAACGAAUCAAGCCUUGCUCACGGUUAACGGUGUUGAUAACUAUGUAGUAAUGGCUACAUUUUUAACAAGGACUUUCAACAAUAGUCUAUUGGAUAGAACAUCUUCAUACUUUAGUCAGCUUUCCAAUGAAUUGAUCAAUUUCAUCACCACUCCUCUGCAGAAUAACUUCGAUUCCAGCAUUGCAGUGAGUGUAAAUACCUUUUCUUCUGGAAGCGUCGUGUCGGAGUUUGGUGUCUACGUAUACAAUGGUUCGGUACCAGACAGUGAACAGCUAUCCAUCAUCCGUUCGACGAUGACAAAUCUUGCUGAAGAAAAUCCUACCUUUCUAGAUCCAUCAUCCAUUCAGACAUUCAGUGCAGUGACCUGCCCAGCGGGAUCUUACAUCACAAGCUAUGGUUACGAAGCCAUGUUUGACAGCGGAGACAUCGGCAGCAGGGCUAACUCCACUGAUACCAGUUGUCCUGAUUACACCAUUAAUAGGGACUAUCUUAUAGAAGCCAUGUGUGUUGGUGAUACAGUUCGUCCCUGUGUUUGGGUACCCCAGAUGAACUGUGGAAGGAAUCUUACUGCCGAUGAACUACUCAAGAUUCUACUACAGGAAGAAGUAACCGAAGACAACGCAGAAAUGGUGGUCGAGGAAGUGGCAGAAAUUACGACCAUGACAGAGACCAUCUCAACAGAAGGCUUGGAGAUCGUGGCUGACUUCCUAGAAGAUAUCGUAGAAUUAGAUACUAGUGAUGUAGAGGUGACUGAAUCAUUUGUGGCCAUUGCCAACAACUACGCAGAUGUAGCGGAGGAAACACGUGAUAUGGCUGAAGAUGAGACCGGUGCUUCAAGCCGUGUCGUAGUAUCCUUAGAAACACAACUCGCUGUAGUAGAAGUGCAGAACGACUCUCUCCGGAUUAUUGAGGCAAAUAUUGCCGCUGAGGUACUCGAUGUGACUGCGGACGAAAUCAGUCAAGGCUUAACCGUUUACAUGUCGGCUACACCUGACGGAGAUAGCAUUUCCGGUGAUGACUUUCAGGUAGAGGAAGGCGAUCAAUCAACGCAGCCAGAAGUGCUUCAAGCCCAAGCCACCCUGCUAUUGCCAGCGAUCUUGGCGGACAAGUUAACAGGGUCUACAGGCCGUUUGGUCAUCACCAUUCACCUGGACACAGCUCUCUUCAGGGACAGAGAGCUGACAGAGUUGAACGAGAACCAAACGGAGUUUGGACGAGAGUUGAACUCGAGGAUCAUAGGUGCGGCGGUGGAUAAUGAAGAAAUUGAAGACCUAGAGCAGCCAGUUGUCCUAUCAUUCACUCCGAUCAAUCCAAAUGGGACGAAUGCUACCUGUGUGUCCUACAACUUUACCGAAAAGCGAUGGUCCACGAGAGGGUGUAGAAAGACAAGCAAUGAGAGCACAGACAGGAUAACCUGCGAGUGCGAUCACCUAACCAACUUCGGAAUCCUGAUGGAUAUAUAUGGAGGAGAGGGAUUGUCAGCUCAAGCAGAUUUUAUCCUGGAGAUCAUAAGCUAUGUAGGCUGCAGCAUGUCAAUAUGGGGUCUGGUUAUAACAAUUCUAACAUAUGCAUCAAAUAAGAAACUUCGUGAUCGUAAGCCCAACCAGAUCCUGCUGUCCCUGUCCGCAUCCCUGCUGUGUCUUUACAUCGUCUUCCUCGUCAUGAUAUCGCUCGAUACGGAACGAGGGGUGGAAGAGAUACCCCCUCUACCCUGCUGUAUUCUUGCCGGUUUCCUUCAUUAUUUCACCCUGACAUCCCUUUUCUGGAUGGCCGUGGAGGGCUACAACAUGUACAUCCUCUUUGUACGUGUUCUCAAUACGUAUCUCCCUCGCUUCUUAAGGAAGGCAUCGUUGUUUGCUUGGGGGACCCCUAUGUUGAUAGUUGGAAUUACAGGAGGGGCAUCGAGGCAGUAUUACGCACAGACGGACUUUUGCUUUCUCCAAUUCUGGCCUCUAAUCGGCGGACUUCUGAUUCCAAUUGGACUGAUCAUGAUCUUCAACUUCGUUAUCUUCGUCCGCGUCAUCCUGAGACUAAACAAAACCAUUAAAGGGAAGCAACUGGACAAGACAGAGAAGCGCCAACGCCUGCGAAGAUUCCAGAAUGCAGUGUGCAUCCUUAUCCUCAUGGGGCUAACGUGGGCUGUGGGUUACCUGAGCAUCAUCCAGCCUGCUGCUGAGGUUGUUCAGGGAGUCUUCACCAUCCUCAACUCUUUGCAGGGCUACUUCAUUUUCAUGCUCUACUGCGUCCGCCAGCCUCAGGUUCGCCGCGCAUGGCGCUCGCAGUUCAGCUGUUGCUUGCCCAAGUCCUUCGGCGCGUCUAGCGCCUUCACGUCAACUUCCGGACAGACAAACUCCACGUUCAAGAACAGCUCUGCGAGGCUCAUGGCUCAGAGAGGCCAGCAGAAUAGGUUGUUGGCAAACUCUGAAUCCAGUGGUUUCCGACCUGAGACAAUGAUGCGUACACCACCCGAGAGACUUCCUAGAGCAGCUGCCUAUGAUAAUGAAGGCGGCGACUGGUGAUUGACAAGUGUUUCUAAUUUUGCUUAAAAUUUGUUUAUACAUGUAGAAUAGUGAUUUCUAUCUUACUCAGAGAAUUUGUGUACCUAUCCUUUAUUCCGGCAAAUUGUCAUUGGGAAACAUACAGUAAGCAAGAUGAACAUAAUUCUUCUGUUUUGUUCCAUGUACUAAAGCCUUUGGAGAAAACUAAACGAACAAAAUUUCACUGUUGAAGGAUUCCAGAACGGCCGCAAAUCAGCUUUACAAAAGGAGAGAAAGGGCUGAAAAAAGACCCCAAAACAUUUGUACAAAGCGAGAAAAAGAGGUUAAAAAGAGGCCACAAAAUGGCAAAUUUUUAGUAGUCUUGCUCAUUUUUUUUUUUACUUCAGAGCAUCCUUCACCUCGUUGACAGGAGGUCGUAAGUUCAGUAACCGACUGAGUCAUUCCAAAGACUUAUGAAAAUUGGACCACCUGUAAUCUAGCUAGUUCCUCUGCAUGUAGAUUCGAGAAGUGUCGUGAUGUCAAUCGGAUGUAAGAGCAGUUUCAUUAGAUGCCAUGGAAGAAAUAAAUCGUCAUUGAAAUUAUUUAUAUCUUAAAGUGGUUAUUUCAUUUGCAACAAUAAAUAUCAGUAGCAGUAUUGCUUUUAAAAUAUGUACAGCUUGUGAAAUUCAUCUAAACUAGCUCUUUGUAAAUAUUUUGAUACGAUGUUGCAGUCGUGUUCCCUUCGGGCUGUAAAGAAAAUUAUAUUGUGCAUAUUUCAUAGUAAAGAAAUACCAGCUGAACGUGCUCUUAUAUCGUAUUUCGCAGCUGUAAUGUGUAUUCGAACUUUAUCGCUAAUGAUUUAUUUCCUUACAAGCAUUCAUGCCUUUGAAAUUUUCCAGCCUCAUGUAUUUUCAUGUUUUGCAUUGAAUCGAUUUUAGAUUAUGAUUUUACUAGGAGAUCUUCGUCUGAGUUAACUGAUAGUGGAGAUGCCUUUUCUGUUAGCUUCGUAAAAUCAAAUAGUCAUAAUAACGUAUGUGUCAUCUUCUUUAAUGUAUUCUAUUCAUCAAUUCCUUUUGUAUAUCCUUAUGUCUUCCUUUUGUUUUUCUUGUGUCUGUUCAACGAUGUUCAUUGUUGACCAAAAUCGAAACAUUAAUCAAAUAUGAAAGUUUCCAUUGAGUAGAAUAAAUAUAACAAAAAUCAGUAUUCAUCUUGCAAAUUUCAUGACUAUCAGAUGAAAAUUGAAUAAUGAAAUUUUCAUUUCGCUUAUUUUCAUAAAAGAGUGAUCUGCAAUUGAUAACCAUCAUGACAGAUUUCGUAGUUUUGUGAAAUAUACUCUGAAAUUUACACAGUCAUGCUCACCAAAUGCAGUUAAUGCACAUUUUAAUGCACCGCUUGGACAUAGAGAAUUAUAAAAACAUUUUAUCUAAGGAAUUUUAUUUGUCACCAAUGAAACUAUUAUGUACCUCUCCACUGAAAAAAAUGUAAAGCAGUUCAUAUAUUGGUAGAUCAGUAGAUUGUACCUAAGUGGUAAACGGGACUUGCUAUGGUUAUCUUACAAAUUGGAUAUAUCGAAUAAACGGGAGAAGAAUUCCAUUGAAAUCAUCUUAGCAAUGGAAUGAUAAUUUGAUAAUAUAUUGGGACUUUUAGAGUACAAACGAGCGGGGUUAUAUCAUAUAAUCGAUAAUUACGCUCAACCGCCCCCCUUUAUCAUGUUUUUCAGAAAAAGAUAAAAACAAAAUAACGUUGUAUAGAGUACCAAAAAUUAUUCUAUUGGACAGCGGAUCGAUGGUGAUUUUAACCAAAUGAUAUUAUUGCUUACAAAAAAUGGCAAGAAACCGACUAGCUAUGAUUUGUCUGAGCUAUGUUCAUACAUACACACUGUAGAUCUUAAAGGAAAGCCGGUAAGAAUUUCAAGAGAGGUGUUGUUUAUUUAUAUUUAAUUGAUAAGUGUAUUCGAAUAAAAUCACACGUUUCGAAUGCCAGAUAGCUUUAACUAGCACCUAUAUGCGAUUUCUAGAUUGCGUAUUUUAGGAUCAAGCAC